AUGGGGAGAGAUGGAAGGAUGAGACUCGAAAUUGCAGAGGUUUCAGAGCAGCUUGACAAAGGCUCUGUCAAGCUCUGGAAUGACUUACCAAAAGAGAAAAUGGGAGGAGAUGGAGGAAUGGGGCUCGAAAUUGCAAAGUUUCAGAGAUGA